GCCCCAGACGUCCCGGCGGCGGCGAGGGCGAGCGGGGAGCUGGGAGUCGGUCGCCCCCGCCGCUCCAUGGCCACGGCCGCGGCGGCGGAGCCCAGCGCCCGCCGCCCCCGGGGGAGCGGGAGCGGCCCCGGCGGGAGCAGCGCGGCUCGGCGGCCGCCGUCGGGGACACGUGCAGAGCGUGUUUUAGCUUCCCCUUACGGCGGGGCACCACUUACCCCGUGCGCGACGGUGCCAGCCGUGGCGUCCCUGAUGCCGAUGCUUCCCUGCCGGGCUGGUUUUGGCAGCAAUUUUGACGCCUUCUUGCUCGUCUAGAAAUCAAGGAGGAGCGGCCGAGCCGGCGAGGAUGACUGCCGAGAGCGCCGAAACCAACGGCCCCGUGCGGGAGCUGGAGGCGGGGGGGACCAAGCCACCACCCCCCCGCAUCCCGCCGCGGCGCCGGGGACGCCGCCUGCGCCGCAAGUCACCGCCGGAGGUGCCGGUGAAGGGGCAGCUCCGCAUGCGCUCGCCGUCAGGAGCCUUCGUCAUGGUGGGCAUCUCGGUGGUCCUGGUGGGCAUGACCAUCGCCGUGGUGGGCUACUGGCCCCACCGGGGACCUGGGAGCACCGUGGCUGGCGCGGGGAACACCAGCAUGGCAGGGGACAUGAGGAGGGAGGUGGCCGCCGGGCGCCACGUGCCCCACAGCGAGAAGCUCAAGCUGAUCGGCCCCGUCAUCAUGGGCAUCGGGCUCUUCAUCUUCAUCUGCGCCAACACCAUGCUGUAUGAGAACAGGGACAUGGAGACCCGCAGGCUGAUGCAGAAGGGACUCUACUCCAUGGCGGCGGGUCUCCCCGAGGGCGCCGGCCCUGAGGACGGGCACUGCCAGCGCGGGGACGGCCAGCCCGUCCCCAAGGCCAACGCCGAGUGCGUGGAGGGCUGCUACCAGGUGGAUCUCUCCUGCCAGCCCAGCCCUGGCAACAAGUGGUCCGACUGCUACGGCCCCAACAGGCUCCAGACCGCGGCCGAGCUCCUGCAGCAGCCGGCAGCGUCCCCCGCCGCCUCCCUCCUCAGCCUCCGCCCCGGCGCCUCCGCCGAGGCCAACCUCAGCCUCUCCUGCCGCGCCGGGGCCGAGUCCCUCCUCUCCUCGGCUGUCGGCGCCUUGGCAUUGCCCGUCAUCAAGCUCAACAACCGCUUGCUGGACGUGGCGGCGCGGGGGGCCGGGCAGAGGGCAGAGGGGGGCCCCGCCGAGCAUCCCCUUGAAGACCCACGGCUCUCCCGGGGCGGCAGCAUUGCGCCCCGUGGCCAGGACCAUGAUGGAGGUGGCCACGGCCGUGAUGGUGGUGGCCACGUUGUCAUCAACAUGGAUGGCGGCUGCCCCGGCGCGGAGCCGGAGGAGUUCGGCCUGGACGCGCAGCUCCACACCCCGGGACACUCCAAGUCCCUGGACCUCGGUCGGCCGGGGGUGCUGCUGGUGGCCCCCAUCAAGGACCGUAAGAACCGGAGCUGGCCCCGGCUGGACCACGUCAGCCUGGUGGGUUACGCCAAACUGGAAAGUACUGGCGAGUCCUCGGACCGGCUGCUGGAGCCCGGCAAGCCCCCGAGCCGCAGCGAGCCCCGACCCAGCUCCUGGGUGGUGGGGACGGAGCGGGGGGAGCGGGUCUGACGUCCCCGCGGCCCCCGGGGACCGUCACGUCGCAGUCCCUCCUCCUGACCCCCGGCAGCCACCAGUGACCCCAGAACCCCACAGCCGGGAGGGGUUUGGGGACGGCGUUUUUAAGCGGAUGCCAAGACGGGGGUCCCGACCCGUGGCUCGAGGACGUGCCUGGGGUGGGAUGUCCUCUCCUGGGGUGGGAUGUCGUCUCCUGGCUGCCUCUCGACGGCUCCCCGGUGGCUGCCCUUGGCCUUACAAGCCCUUCUCCCGGUGGCUUUUCCAGAGGAGCCCUCGCUUUGGGACCCAGCACAAACUGCGGGAUGGGGACGUGGGGCGGGCGAAGCCCCGCCGGCCUCCGCAGCACUUUAUUUCAGUGGGGUGGGGCGGGUGUUUUUUGCGGGGGAGAGGGGGGGUGUCCCCUUCCCCAGCCUCAACCCACCGGGAAAUUUGCUUGACCGGAGCACGUAAGCCCGACGGGGCUAUUAAAUAUUCUCUCGAUGCCACGCGGUCCCAC